CGCGUCUACGGUCUACCCUACUCGCCGCACGCCGCCGCAGACCGCAGACUGCAGUCCGCCACUCGCCGCCAGCCGCCAAGCCCUGCUCGCCGCACGCCGCUGCAGUCUGCAACCAUCAGCCAAUAUCCAGCGCAAAUAGCAGAGAACAACAGCGAUCCGCGUUCCGCGAGACCAGGAUCGCGACGAACGAUCAGGUGGUGAAGGAAGUGGGUGCGAAGGAAGUUGGGGCUCGCGUUCGGAAAGCUUUUCAGCCUCUCUUCGCCAAGAAGGAGAUUCCGAUUUUUGGCGCCCACACGCAUGUUGUACAAUGGCUUGUUCGUUCUGUUGCAGUAUCUUAUUCUUGCGGUUUCGGAAUGUAAUCCAGCUCUGAUUCAAGAUUUAUUAGGCUGGAGAGAUUAUUUCUCGCUUUGAGAAGACAAAGUUUUUGUUGAAAUGCUAAAAACUUUUCCAGUGCACCAAAGACUUGGGUCAGGCACCAUCAGAAAACCACAUGGCUCGGCAACCUUGGAGCAAUAAUGGUCAUAGAAAUUCCCCUUCAAAUUCAUUAGAUGGAGGAGUUCCUGGACCCAUGCCUCUGCUCCCUUUCCAGGACGAACUUGCAGUUGGUUGUUAAGAGAUUUGUAGAAUUGCUGCUAAUAAUACUCUUGUGCUAGAGGAUAUUUUGGGCCUUAGGCAAGAAUUAGCUGUCAUUGAAGACGAGAUCCAUAUACUUGCCAAACAAACCAUUCCUAGACUUCGUGUUGAUAAUGAAAUGGAAUACAGGGAUAUUAUCCAGGGAGGCAUGAAGUUAGAGGAACAUAUGCAUGCUCUUAAACUUAUCAAGGAAGAAGUGUUGGUCCUAAGUUCUGAAAAGAUGGAGUUGGAAGCUUUGUGCAAAGAGCUAUUUGUGAAGGUUCAGUCAUUGUACAGGGAGCUGGAGCAGAUCCAAUCCGAGAACAAGCAGAUACCUGCUAUAAGAGAAGGGUUGCAUGAUAUACAAGAGGAGAUUUCGAGGGCCAGGAUGGCAUACGAGCAUGAGAAACGUGCAAAAGUUGAGCUUCUUGAGGAGAGUCAGGCCAUAGAGAGUGAUUUUAUCAACAUAAAAAUAGAAGCACAGAGAUUACGGACAGAGCUGGAGAAGCGGAGGUCUGGUGUGUUCAAGCAUCAUGCAUUUGGCUCAUACUAUAAAAAGAUAGAGCAUGGCAUUGCAUCCUCCAACUGGUAGGUGGGUGUCACAAAGCGUAGCUAAGGGUUUGGUGUCUAUCAGAGAAAUUAGUCGAACUCAGGAGUCAAGACCAAAUGCGUUUGUCUUUCGGAUGAGCAGCUGAUAGUUAUUUGCGAACACAUUGCUAUUACUAUAUCUCAUUAUUAAGUAGGAGUACAAAUUGGACGAUUGAAAGAAGAAUAUUAUCAAUUUGGUCUUUAUUGUACUCCUACUUAUUUUUUUCUCUCGAGAAGUACUCCUACUUAUUUUUAAUGGAUGUUUUAUGUCUU